AACAUGUACUGCUCGUAUCGCGCAUACCACAUGCACUCUUAGAUUAAGGUCCGGGUCAGCACACCUGGCGGGUUAGUGAAGGGAGGAUAAAUUAAAAAAGAUCGCCCAUUGUCAUUUUCCUAGAAAACAUUUUCCUUGCCAGUAGCUACUUUCACUAUGAGUUUGCAAUAUUCUCAGUGACAUCCACUAGGCCGUGAACAUGUGCUGUUCAAAGCUAGACAAUAGCAACCAGGUUUCGUUCUACAUUGCACUCCCUGUACCAAAUUAGAUACAACCUGGUGAACACACACCUCACAACACGUCAGAGCAACAUCCGUGUUCAUCGAGGAGCAACUCAAAAUGAUGGCUGCAUGUAAUCCAGUGCCUCAAAUACUUGGAGAAGGUACAUUUGGUGUUGUGUCCUUGGAGAUGAUUGAUGGUAAACCAUAUGCUGUGAAGAAACUGAAGAGAGGGCUCAACCUAGAUGAAGAAGCUCUUCAAAAGGAAAUAAAGGUACUAAAAACGUGCCCUAACCACCCUAAUAUUGUGGAGUUGAUCAAUGCGUGGAAGACUCAAGAUGAUGAAAUCAAUAUUCAAAUGGAGUACUGUGACCUAGGGACUCUGAAUGACUACAUGAUAGUUAACAGACCAGACAAGGGAACUGUGAACAGUUUCAUGCUUGACAUGGCUCGGGGUAUUCACCACCUCCACAGAAACAACAUCGUCCACAGAGACAUCAAACCCGACAACAUUCUGCUGGCAGCACGACCUGGUAAUGUCCCCAUCUGCAAGAUAGCUGAUUUUGGAUUUGCUCGAUUCACCUUUUCUACAUCUGGUGUCACGGCAACAAAGUCCUCCACCUACUAUUUGAAUACAGGUUGUGGCACCCCCCUUUUUAUGGCUCCUGAGGUUGACUCUGGUCACUAUACCAAAGCAUGUGAUAUUUUCUCUCUUGGGAUGGUCUUCUACGCCAUACAUUCUUUGCAAACUGGCAAGGAUGGCAGUAAAACUUUUCUGUUUCCAGUCACCCUACUUACAAGGCUAUUUAAAGAUGCUCCCCAGGAAGAAAUCAAUUGCGCAGUCACUACACAUGUGACUAACGUAGAGAAAGCCAACCUACUGAUGUCCAUGCUGGCACUGGCAUCGCAGUGCCGACCUGGAGCCAACAGUGUAGAGUCUCUUAUCAGUGCACAUUAUGAAAGAUGGUAGUAUUGCACUAAAUCUUAAUCUAUCUUGUUACUUCAUAACUUGGUAAAACACCACAUUCAUUUUGAAUAUAUCAGUUUGAGUACUAUAUUAAAAACCUUCAAUGUAUUUCAACUUGAAAACCUGUUUUGUAACAAUCCCUGUAAAUUGUUUAAAACAAAAUGAAAAGAAGUAAACAUAUGUGUUACAAAUAUGUGAGUGAGUGAGUAUGGUUUUACGCCGCUUUUAGCAAUAUUCCAGCAAUAUCACGGCGGGGGGGACACCAGAAAUGGGCUUCACACAUUGUACCCAUGUUGGGAAUCGAACCCGGGUCUUCAGCGUGACGAGCGAACGCUUUAACCACUAGGCUACCCGACCGCCCCAUACAAAUAUGUAACUGUUGGUAAAUGAAUUUCGCCAUCGGCUGAUAUGCAAUGGUUUUAUCUACCAGUUGUAAUAUGUGUAUUAGCUUAAUUUCAAUAGCGUUAAUUGAAGUUUUUGUUGAGUAUUUCAUGUCCUUGGGAUUUCAUUUGUCUGCGUAGUUCUGAUUAUCUAAUAUGUAUUUUACACAUACAUGUAUAUGCAGCUUAUGGUUUACACAUAUUUUUGUUUCAUCACAUUCACUGUAGAAUGAAAUGUGGAUUGGUAAACAAGCAACAAUGCUUAUAUCAAUACCUCUCCCGAUGAGUACAUAUAUAUAUAUAUAUACAUUGGCAGUCUUAAUACAUGAAUAAAAAAUACAAAUAGCAUGUCACAAUAUAAUAGAAAGGCAUAAUUAAUGUAUGUAGUUACUGGAUACAGUUAUCUUGUCUUGUAUUUUAGCAAUAGUAUUUAAUAAGAUGGCAAUUCAGGCAAGAAAGGUGUUCAUGGUCCUGUUGAGCAGUAUACAUUCCUUGAAACCCAUCUUCGCGAGGCAAGUGAGUUAACUGACAAUAAAAGUCCAGUUUCCACCCUUGUCGAUCUGGGCUGGUAUUCAGGAGUUACAUUUUGGCGGGACUAACGAGUCUAUGCAUAGUCUAACCACAAUCACGCAACACAAUUGUCAACAGAUACUUUCCAAAUCUUUUCAUGUUUUUAAUCAAGGUGCUCACAUGAUUUGAUGCUCUUCGCGAUGUAAGACCCAUUUUAUCAUAAUAUAGAUCUUCAUUAUCGAUCAGAUCGUCUUGACUGGGCACCACC